CAGGAAAAGAGAAAGGCUUUUGUGUUCUGUUAGGAAGAAGGGAAAGAAAAAGCUAAAGACAAAUACAGAAGAGAGAGAGAGAGAGAGAGAGAGAGAGAUGGAGAAGAACUAAUAGAUUUCUGUUUUGUUGGGGUUGAAACCACCUUUCACUCUCUUCUGGCCAUCACUAUCAUUGUCAAAUGUACAGCUUGUUUCUUUUUUAUUUGCUUCAAUUCUCUCUCCCUCUCCCUCUCUCAGAGUUUUCGGUUUCUUCUUUUCAUCUACUCCCAUUGAGUCUCUCUCUUCCUUUCUCAUUUUUGUCAUCUGGGUUUUGUUAGAAAGGCUUAAUAACUAAAGUAACACAAGUCUUAAUUUCAAUAUUGUGGGAAAAGUUUACCCUUUUUUUGUGUUUGUGAUCUCUGUUUCAUUUUCUUAUCUGGGUGUUUCGUGUUAGUAGAUUCACAAUGACUGUGGAGGAUAAAAGAAGUGGUUUAGUCAAUGAAGAUAAGUUCCCAAUUGGUAUGCGUAUUCUAGCUGUUGAUGAUGAUCCAAUUUGCCUUAAAGUUUUAGAGAAUCUGCUUCGGAAAUGCCAGUAUCAGGUUACAACUACCAAUCAAGCAAUUGCAGCUCUGAAAAUGCUUAGAGAAAACAAAAAUAAGUAUGAUCUGGUUAUCAGCGAUGUUAAUAUGCCUGACAUGGAUGGCUUUAAGCUACUUGAGCUUGUGGGGCUUGAAAUGGACCUACCCGUCAUCAUGUUAUCAGCACAUAGUGAUAAGGAGCUUGUAUAUAAGGGGGUUACACAUGGUGCUGUUGACUACUUGCUAAAGCCUGUGAGAAUUGAGGAACUCAAGAACAUAUGGCAACAUGUGAUCAGGAGGAAAAAAUUACAACCCAAGGACCAAAAUAGGUCCCCAAAUCAAGACAAACCUCUUGAUGGAGCAGGAGGAAGUGGACAAGGAGUGUCAUCAAGUGGUAGUGCGGAUCAGAAUGGAAAAGUGAAUCGGAAAAGAAAGGACCAAGAUGAAGAUGAGGAAGAAGAGGGUGAAGAGAAUUUACAUGAGAAUGAAGAACCAGGGACUCAGAAGAAGCCCCGGGUUGUUUGGUCUGUGGAGCUGCAUAGGAAGUUUGUUGCAGCUGUUAAUCAAUUGGGUCUUGACAAGGCUGUUCCGAAGAAAAUUCUUGACCUUAUGAAUGUUGAAGGGCUUACAAGGGAAAAUGUGGCAAGCCAUCUGCAGAAAUAUAGGCUCUAUCUGAAAAGAAUCAGUAGUGUAGCAUCCCAACAAGCCAAUAUGGUUGCUGCAUUUGGGGCUAAAGAUUCCUCUUAUUUGCGGAUGGGGUCACUGGAUGGAUUUGGAGAUUUUCGCACUUUGAGUGGCCCGGGGAGGCUUUCAAGCACAUCUAUAUCAUCAUAUACACCAGGGGGUAUGCUUGGCAGAUUGAACUCUCCUGGUGGUUUAACCUUGCGAGCUAUAUCUUCUUCUGGUCUUCUCCAGUCUGGCCAUUCCCAAUCCCUGAGUAAUUCUGUUAAUACUCUUGGAAAGUUUCAGCCGUCUCUUUUGCCUGCAAGCCAAGGUGCAAAUUUGUUUCAAGGUGUUCAAUCAUCAGUGGAGCCUAACCAGCUGCAGGCAAAAUCCAAUACUCACAUUGGAGAAUUUAAUCGCAAUGAUGAUACAGCAGGCUUUACACUUGCAACUAGCUUCUCAGAUGGCAGAGUGACAAUUGGUGGCUUGAAUAAUACAGUGUCCAGUUCCACAAGUAACCCUUUGAUGCUACAAGUGAACCCCCAACAAAGUCAGAGUAGGGAAGCAUUUGCAACUCAAUCUUCUCUAAGUGUGCCUUCAUUGAAUCAGGAGUCUUUUGAUGUUGAUGUCCAUGGCUCGUCAAAUUUUCUGGAUCAUAGCAGAUGCACUGAAAACUGGCAGGGUGCUGUUCAAUUAUCCAAAUUUACAACAAAUUCUUUACCUUUGAGUGAACCAUUCAGUCAUGAUUCAUUGUCCACAAGUAAUUUGAGAGACAAUAUAUCAUCCACCAUCUCUCAGAUUGGGAAUGGCUUGAAUGAUUUUUCUUCCUCCAGUGUGCUUGCCACACCUUCAGAUUCCCGAGUAGAUAUGCAAGGGCAAACAAGCUCAAUGGGUGAUGUUGUUCAGAAUAUGAGUUACAAUUCAAGACAGAGGUGGGAAGAACAUAGCCAGGAUUAUAAUCCCAACCUAAAUAAUUCAUUCAGCAACAUAAACUCUUUUGUUUCUGGCAAUGGCGUUGUGGGUUCAUUGAGCCAAACUAUGGACCAGAGAAAGAAGUUUGAUGUGCCUUUGCAUGGCCAGUUAAAUAAUGUCACACCAUCCAUUUUCCAGCAUGGUGAAGUUGAGAACUCUGCCUUGGACCCAAAAAUGAGGUCCAAUGAGGACUACCUUUUGGAGCAAACAAAGUCUCAGAAUGGUUUUGCUCAAAACAAUUAUGAGUCUUUGGAUGAUAUGAUGAAUGCGAUGAUAAAACGGCAGGAGCAAAAUGAAACAAUGCUAAUGGAUGGAGAGUUCGGAUUUGACGCAUACUCCCUCGGAUCAUGUUUGUGAGACUGCUAUAGCUGAAUUGUAGAGGAAAAACAGGGCAGACAAAAUCCCCAAGUCCACUCCUCAUCUGGAGGAAUUUGUACCAUCUUGUAACUUGUUCUGCAUUUCAUUUUCUUUUAACCCCAUCUUCCCUUUUCCUGCCCUCUUCCCAAUGUACUUUCUUCUUCCCCUUUCUUUGUUAUUCUCUGUUACUAUAGUUAGUUCCUGCUAAAUAUUGAUAGCAGAAUUCCUAGUUUCUCAA